AUGUUCACUUCAAGGUCUCUGAACUCCACCAUCUUAAAGAGCUCUAGCACAGCCAAUAGUGAUCAGAAUGAUGAAAAUACGAUCAAAAUGUCAAUGGAAUCGAAUGAGGCAAUUUUGAGAAGUACUCCCGAGGUAGUGGACGACAGUAUUACCAACCAAUUGCUUAUAUUAAAUGAUACCUUCAACGCAACUAGAGGCAAAAAGAGAAAGCCUGACAAGGCCAACAUUGUAGUUUUGGACCCUAAACAAGCUGGGCUACUUAAAAAGAGACGGACCCCAGAUUACUUCAGAAGGCGACAGGACGGUGAAAGGCUUUCUGUGUUGGAAGGUGUAGAACUUGGAAUUUUACCUGAUAGACGACAGGAUGCUGAUAUUAAACAAAGGACAGGAACUUCUGUUGGCAUUCUCAAUGAGAUUGAAUCCCAACGAAAAAAACUAUUAGUGUUCAAAAGUUCCGUGUCCAGGGAACAAGCAGUGAGAUCAAUCAGUUAUCAAAAACCCAGUGAGAGUAUUGUCUCAAGAGAAAGAUAUGAGCAAUUGGAACAACUUCUCGACUCAGCGUAUACUUUACCGCAACUUAGAGCCUAUACCAGAGAUUAUUAUAAAGCUCCAAAUAGCAGAAGCACUAAGCCGAACAUCAUACGUCGGAUUCUGGAUAAAUACUGGAAUUGCAUCAUCAAUGAGACUAUAAGCGAGUCGGAAGAUUUGAUUGUGGAACGCGUCAUCGAUAUCAGCACUAGAGAUAUGUACCUACUUUUGCUGACCAGUAAUGGUAAGAUUUUAAACAACUUCGCCCGUAUCGGCGCUACAUUGGCAGUAGCGAUCGAUGAAAACGUUGUUAUUGUGCGUGCAACUGCUCCAAUUAUCAAAUACGUUGAAGUUUCUUUAAAUCGAAUACUCGCCAACGUUGACACAACAAAAUUGCCGGUCCACGACAUCAUAAUAAAUCACACUGCUAAGGGAACUAGUCCAAAUACCAGUGAAGGCGAACUAGUAUCCAUGGUACAAAAGGAAAGUGCAGCAUAUUUUGAAACGACAUCCACAGACGGUGAAGACGAUGGAUGCUAUCAAGUUUCCGCCUUCGGAUCAAAAAGACUUCUUAAGGCCAAGAAUCUGCUCCUAUGGGGAGUCAAUUAUCAUCCACAGUUACAAGAAAAGGUCGAAAUUUGCUAUGAUGAAGCUACAGAUUCCUUCAAGAGCUUUCCGUUCACGAACAUCGAGUGUCUUGACUGGGUCAAGAGAAAUAAAGGCUGGUAUCGAUUACAACAACCUUUAAGUAAAAAAGGUACAAAAGACACUGAUACACGACUCUCCACGCUGUUGGAAAAUGAACAUAAACUUGAUGAAUGGUACACCUUUUUGGUUCAGAAGAAUGAAAGUUCAAGACAAUCAAAUAUGAUGCAUCUCAAGGGUGUAAAAGAAACAAGCGUCUUUAGCUUGACCUUAGGACAAAUUUUAACGACAAACGAAAAUUCACAAACUAAAGAGACUCUCUUUGAGCCUAAAAUCACUCAAAUAGCCUCCAAACUUUUGGAGUUACCACUCUAUGACUUGACAGCGUCGAAAGAUGAGCAUUAUACGGUGGAUCAACAUGAGUAUUAUGUGCAAUUGAAGUUCAUUCCUGAUCUAUCCACGUUGCCAGACGGAAGCAAAAAUGCACCCCCAUUGGAACUUUGGUUCGAAUUAGAUGACUACGACAGCGCGGUUACCAGCACAGCCAGGUGUAUUGUCCAACAAGAACAAAGAGCACUGCUGCUUCAGACUCCAAACUUACCCCAUGAUUAUAGGAUCAACAAUGACAGGAUGGUGGAGUUAACCGAAACAGCUGAGGAAGCUCAGGAGCAAUGGUUAUCAGAGCAGCCGGGCGUCAAAAAGUUCAUACAAGACGCACAGCUUACUUUCAGCAGCAGGAAGAAGCUCAAGGUUCCGAAAUCUCUUGAUCUGAAUCUUCCAACACUUGGCGACGGCGCUGAGGUGACUCAUUGUAAUGUCCAAUAUGACUACGUCAACGCCAACUAUCACCGUGUACUCAGGCUGAUGUACAUGGACAAGUACAUGGUCCAAUUUUCCGACGUCAAAGGUGGUUCACUCGGUGGCAGGUACACGCAGGUCGAUUUUAUCGGUGGUGAAGUGCUAAACUGUGACGAAUUCAAACAAUUCAUUAAGGACGUGGCCCAGUCCUUCUAA